AUAGGGAGACAUCUGUAAAGCUCAUAGCAGAGAGUACUAGACAUCUAGCACAGUCAAAGCCGGUAGGCACUGUCCUCUGCAAGCCAUGUGGCUGUACCUGGCAGCCCUCCUGGGCUUAUACUACCUGCUGCGCUGGUACCGGGAGAGGCAGGUGGUGAGCCACCUCCAAGACAAGUACGUCUUCAUCACAGGCUGCGGCUCUGGCUUCGGGAACCUGCUGGCCAGACAGCUGGACACGAGAGGCUUGAGGGUUCUGGCUGCAUGCAGGACAGAGGAGGCAGCGGAGCAGCUGAAGGCCCAGGCAUCACACAGGCUGGAGACGGUGACUCUGGAUGUCUCUAAGACAGAGAACAUCACUGCAGUCACCCAGUGGGUGAAGGAGCGUGUAGGGGACAGAGGACUCUGGGGCCUGGUGAAUAACGCUGGCACCUCCCAGCCCACAGCUCCCAACGAGUGGCUGACAAAACAGGACUUUGUAACUAUACUGGACGUGAACCUGCUGGGAGUGAUUGAGGUGACUCUGAGCCUGCUGCCCUUAGUGAGGAAGGCCAGGGGCCGCGUGGUCAAUGUCUCCAGCAUCCUGGGCCGGGUCUCACUUUUUGGUGGCGGCUAUUGUAUCUCCAAGUAUGGCGUCGAGGCCUUCUCGGACUCCCUCAGACCUCUGAAGUCCCGGCCCUCAGCAUGUCUGUCUUGCAGGAGGGAGCUUGCCCACUUUGGGGUGAAGGUGGCUGUGAUUGAGCCUGGUCAAUUUGAGACAAACAUGACCAACACUGAGAAAGUUUUGCAGAUGGUCCAGAAGACUUGGGACCACGCCAGCCCCGAGAUCAAGGAGAUCUAUGGCCAAAAGUUUCUGGCAUCCUACCUCAAAAUGAUAUCUGAAAAACAUACAACCAGAUGCAGCCUGAAUCUGUCUGAGGUGACGGACUGCAUGGAGCAUGCGCUGACCGCCUGCCACCCCCGCACCCGGUACUCAGCUGGCUGGGACGCCAAGCUUCUCUACCUCCCCCUCAGCUACAUGCCCACCUUCCUGGUGGAUGCCAUUGUCACCUGGGGCCUCCCCAGGCCGGGCAAAGCCCUGUGAAGCCAUGCCUGGGUGUGAAGACCAGGCUGUGAGACAGUGGGGCCCCUACAACAUGGGGAACAUUCAGGGAAUGACCCCCCACCUGCUUCUCCUCCUUUCCCUAAACAACACUAUUCUUCUGUCUUCUGCUGGAAGUCACAGAAGCACAUUACUUGUCUAGUUAAUCUUUAGGAACUAUGCAGAAAUCCUUAUGAUCUUUCCAUUUUUACCUUUUGACAUAUGUUAACAAAGUUAGGUAGGAACUAUUAACAGGAGGAUUUGUUUUUGAGAAAGUUAUUUACGUUUUCAAAUAAUAGUAUAAAACCAAAAAUAUGUCUUUUGUCUAUGCUACUUCCCCUUAAAUGACCCUGCUGAGAUACUAGAAAAUAAAGCCGAUUUUGUGGUUUGGUGCUGGCUGUAGUCACCAGCUGUGUCAGAACUCCCAACCCCAUCUUUCAUA